GUAAAACAAAGUUGAUAUUUGAGUGAAAGUGGGCUAUAAUUGAGUGCAUUUCACAUCCGGUCCUCACUUUUCACUUCAAUAAUACACUAAUCUUUCAAUUAUUGAAAUUCAAUACAAAAACAUUUUCAGCAAUAAAUCACUUACUCUUAGCUUCAGAUCACGUGAUUUCCACUCUUUGGGCACUAAUGGCGUCGAAGGGAUCCGUUUCGGGUGACAGUAUAGACAUGGAUGACGACAACGACGGAGAUUACGAUAUCGACUAUUCCUCGGCGGACGACGAGCCGGACGUGAACUUAGAGAACCAGUACUUCAACGCGAAGGCCAUCAAAGACGACGACCCGAACGGCGCUCUCGACUGCUUUGAACGGGUGAUCGCUAUGGAGGCGACCGAUGAGACGGCGGACGGCAAACCCGGCGACUGGGGCUUCAAAGCACUCAAACAGAUGAUGAAGAUUUACUUCAAACUGGGGAAUUACACCGAAAUGAUGGCCAGAUAUAAGCAAUUAAUGACUUAUAUUAAGACCCGUAUAAACAAGAAUUACGCGGAAAAGUCCAUUAAUGCGAUUCUCGACUAUAUAUCCACAUCCAAACAGAUGGAACUGUUGGAGCAGUUCUACGAGAUAACACUGGAGGCGUUGAAGGACGCGAAGAACGAUCGGCUCUUCUUCAAGACGAACACCAAAUUAGGAAAACUCUAUUUCGAGAGAAGAGAAUUCAAUAAAUUGUCUGCAGUUGUGAAGAGAUUACGCGAAUUGUGUCAAACGGACGCCGGAACCGAUGAUCCCAAGAAAGGCACUCAUCUGUUGGAGAUUUAUGCGCUCGAGAUUCAGAUGUAUACACAUCUCAAAGAUAAUAAAAAGCUUAAGAAACUAUACGAAGAGUCGCUUCGCAUCCAGUCUGCAAUCCCUCAUCCCUUAAUAAUGGGAGUGAUUAGAGAAUGCGGAGGAAAAAUGCAUUUGCGAGACGCGGCUUACGAGAGGGCUCACACAGACUUCUUCGAGGCGUUCAAGAACUACGACGAGGCCGGCAGUGGACGGCGAAUGGCGUGCCUUAAGUAUCUGGUUUUGGCCAAUAUGUUGAUGAAGUCUGGUAUCAAUCCGUUUGACUCUCAAGAGACCAAACCAUAUAAAACGGACGCCGAGAUCGUGGCGUUGACUGAUCUCGUGGCCGCCUAUCAGAACAAUGACAUCAAAGAGUUUGAGAAGAUCUUGAAGUAUAAUAAGAAGGCUUUACUCGACGACCCGUUUAUUAAGGAACACAUUGAAGGCAUUCAUCUCAUCCGCAAUAUUCGGACCCAAGUGUUGGUCAAACUAAUCAAACCCUACACUAAGAUUGCAAUGUCGUUCAUUUCGCAGGCGUUAAAUGCAGACAUGAAUGAAGUGGAGAGCUUAUUGGUUAUCUGUAUUCUCGAUAAUACAAUUGAUGGUCGAAUUGAUGGUAUAAAAGGUGUGCUCGAACUCAACACCCGUAAGAAUAGUGUUGAUAGUUAUAAAGCACUGAACAAAUGGUCUAAUAGUUUGGCGUCAAUUCACUCAAAAAUUAUGGCUAAUGUUCACUGAAUUUGUUUGAUUUAAUGCAUAACUAUUUGCCAACAUUUGUUAAAAACAUACAGAAC